AUGGUCGCUCCGACGAACGGACGAGGAAAGUCCCUAACUGCUUGUAGGUAUGGAAUAGGUAUCGGUAUCGGACUUGAACAACCUCAGGCCUCCAGCUUUUGGCAAGUUCUAGGUUCUAGGUUAUUGCCAUUCGGACAUGUUCACCUCUUCUUAGUCCUUAUCACCGACGCAGUACAUACAACGCCCACGGAUCAUCAAACCGACAUUUUGAAUUGUCCUCGUAGAUUCCUCGGUCCGUUGUACAUAUUGCACAGUUCCAAUCUUCAUCACGCAACCAUCCCUAAAUCCUUCGUCUAUCUGCCAGAAGACAGACAUGGAUCGCGGUUGUAUCUCAGUACCUCCCAUAUAUGCAUAUGGGUACCCCGUUAG